UAUAGCCACACCUUUGUAAUGGCUGAGUCUAUGGGUGAUCCAGUUAAAGAAAGUGAUGGCGGAGGAGGAGAAGCAACUAAUGAAGGAGAAGGCGAAUGUAAAGAGAAAGGAGAGCAAGCAACUUGUAAAUUGAAGUUGGAUAGAAGAAGCCAAGAGGAAAGAAAAAAAGAGGGUAACAGUAAGAGUAGAAGGCGGGAGAAAAGACUAAGGGAAAGAAUGAAUGCUGAACGUCCUAAGGAUGUGGUAAAUGAAGAAAGAGAGGCUAAACCAGGUGGAGCAGAAGGGCCUCAAGGCUUUAUACCAUCAAAGGAAGAAGACCUACAGGAACCAAAAUAUCCAGAGAAGAAAGAAUGGCCGAGGGGAAGAGACAAACACUUAGACAGAAGAUAUGAUGACCAUGGAGGGUAUUAUGAUGGAGAUCAUAGUAGACACAGAAAAGAUGAAGAUGAAAGAGAUCACUAUGGAAGACACGGGGAUCAUCAUGAAGGAUAUAGACAUGAUGAAAGAUUAAGGUACGAUGAAAGACCAAGAUACGAUGGAAGACAAAGAUAUGAUGGAAGACAAAGAUACGAUGGAAGGCAAAGAUAUGAUGAAAGAUCAAGAUAUGAUGGAGGUGAUAGACAUAGGGAAUAUGGACAAUAUGAAAGACACAGACAAGGUAAAUAUGGUGAAGGUCACAGAAGAGGAGGAGGAGGGAAAGGUCCUCGUAGACAUGAGCCAAAACUGAGGCCAAAACCUACACUACCACCUGGAGUGACAUCAUUUAGACUAGAAGAGCUUGACCUGUUUGAUUCUCCUGCCAGUUCAAGUUUAGCUCACUGUGUCAGUGAAGACAUGCACAUGGGAAAAGGAAUCGCUGUAGCUUUUAAAAAAAAGUUUAAAAGAGUGGAUCAACUUUUGGAACAAGGUGUUAAAACUGGAGGUGUGGCUGUGUUAGAAGAUAACAAACGCUACAUAUAUUACCUGGUAACAAAAAAGAAGUAUUUCCACAGACCGACUAACGAUACAUUAAAAAGUUCUUUAUCAGUGAUGAGGGAACACAUAGUAGCUAAUGGUGUGAAGGAACUGCAUAUGCCGCUAAUUGGGUGUGGCUUAGACGAACUAGACUGGUAUACAGAUGUUGCAUAUAUGAUUGAUGAAAUAUUCAAAGAUAUUAAAGACUUAAAAAUUACUGUUUGCUACUUAGGAGAAUAAGCCAUUUUUAUUAAUUUUUGUACAAUUUUUAGAAAUUUUGUUAGCAUCGUAUGUUCCUGGUUUUUACCUUAA